UCCACCCUCUCUCUUAUUCUUCUUCUUUUCACUUUCUCUCUCUAAAAAGAUGGAUAAGAACCCAUGCAACUCUCAAGAUGCAGAAGUGAGAAAGGGACCAUGGACCAUGGAAGAAGACUUGAUUCUUAUUAACUACAUAGCUGACCAUGGUGACGGUGUUUGGAACUCUCUGGCUAAAGCUGCUGGGCUUAAACGUACCGGAAAAAGUUGCCGGCUCCGGUGGCUGAACUAUUUACGCCCUGAUGUGAGGAGAGGAAAUAUUACUCCGGAGGAACAACUCUUGAUCAUGGAACUUCAUGCCAAGUGGGGGAACAGGUGGUCGAAGAUUGCAAAACAUCUACCGGGAAGGACAGAUAAUGAAAUAAAGAAUUACUGGAGGACUAGAAUCCAGAAACACAUCAAGCAAGCUGCUGAUCAGAAUUUUCAAGGAGGAGUAAAAGCAAUGGAGAUGAUGAAUAAUAUUAAUCCUCAUGAACAUCAAGCUGCAAGCACAAGCCAAGUAGAUAGUACCAUGGAGACCUACUCUCCACCAUAUGAUCAUGAUCAUGUGGUGGAGGCUUUUCAUCAUGGGACUAAUACUACUACUGCCUUGCAUUAUCACCAUCAUCAUGACUCCAAUGUUAAUGAAAACUACUGGAGCAUGGAGGAUCUCUGGUCAAUGCAGUUACUUAAUUGUGAUUAAAUAGUACUUAUAUUUAAUCUGGAUUAAUAUUGUUAUUUAGGUUUGUUUAUAUUUUGGCCUAAAAUAAACUAAAUAUAUAAAGUUAAUUUCAUGUA